AUGGCCAACUGCUGCUGCCUGUCUGCCGAGGAGAAGGAGUCGCAGCGCAUCAGCGCCGAGAUCGAGCGGCAGCUCCGCCGGGACAAGAAGGACGCGCGUCGCGAGCUCAAGUUGCUGCUGCUGGGAACUGGUGAGAGUGGCAAAAGCACCUUUAUCAAGCAGAUGAGAAUUAUCCAUGGCUCAGGUUACAGUGAUGAAGACAGAAAGGGCUUCACCAAGCUGGUUUACCAAAACAUCUUCACAGCCGUGCAGGCUAUGAUCAGAGCCAUGGACACGCUGAGGAUACAGUAUGUGUGCCCACAGAAUCAGGAGAACGCUCAGCUGAUCAGAGAAGUGGACGUGGGCAAGGUCUCCGCGCUGUCCAAGGACCAGGCCGAGGCCAUCAAGCAGCUGUGGCGGGACCCGGGCAUCCAGGAGUGCUACGACAGGCGGCGGGAGUACCAGCUGUCAGACUCGGCCAAGUACUAUCUCUCUGACAUUGACCGGAUCGCCAAGCCUUCCUUCGUGCCAACUCAGCAAGAUGUGCUUCGUGUCCGUGUGCCCACCACUGGCAUCAUUGAGUAUCCCUUUGACCUGGAGAACAUCAUCUUCCGGAUGGUGGAUGUGGGCGGCCAGAGAUCUGAACGACGGAAAUGGAUCCACUGCUUUGAGAGUGUCACCUCCAUUAUUUUCCUGGUUGCUCUGAGUGAAUACGACCAGGUCCUGGCAGAGUGUGACAAUGAGAACCGCAUGGAAGAGAGCAAAGCCCUGUUUAAAACAAUCAUCACCUACCCCUGGUUCCUGAACUCGUCUGUGAUUUUGUUUUUAAACAAGAAGGACCUGCUGGAGGAGAAGAUCAUGUACUCCCAUCUGAUCAGCUACUUCCCAGAGUACACAGGCCCGAAGCGGGAUGUCAAAGCUGCUAGAGAUUUUAUACUGAAGCUGUACCAGGACCAAAACCCUGACAAGGAGAAGGUCAUCUACUCCCACUUCACAUGUGCCACGGACACCGAGAACAUCCGCUUUGUGUUUGCUGCUGUGAAAGACACGAUUCUGCAGCUGAACCUGAGGGAGUUCAACCUGGUCUGAAGGCCACUGCGCACAUCUUGCCUCCCUG